ACCUGAUGCUUUACUCUGGAGUCUAGAGUCUGGAGCCUGUAGUACAGCAGUAGCGGUUUGGUGGUCACACUCGAGCUCAGCUACUCACUACUACUCUCCACUGUAUCUCUACUAUCCUCAAACUCAAGCAGCUGGCCACUGUGUGAGCUCAUCUCUAGACAUCAGAGUGUGUGCUCUUGUGAGUGUGCGUGUGGAAGUCUGUGUGUGGCUCCGUGUCUGUGCAUUUGCCUCGUCGAGGCAUCAGUACGUCCUGGUCACACCUUUCUUGGAUCUGAAGCUCGUCAGAACGAAGAAGGCUUCUCUCAUCAGGUUACAAGGUGAUUAAGUUCACCGAGAGGUAAGAACUGAAGAUCUAGACAGCAGCAGCUGCUAGCACCAUCACUUCACUAGCACAAUCCCAAGGUCUCCGAGGGCCACGCGGAAGUGGUAGGAAGCAACCCCACAUGCUGUAGUGUUCUCGGGAGCAACAAGCAGCUUGACGACCGCGCUUCCGAGAGCCCACUGAUCGGCGCGCGCUAGCUUUCUUCGGUCGAUCGAUCGCUCCGGCGAGUGACCGACGAGCAGCUAGCUAGCUAGCCAUGGCGCCGCCGAGCUCGUGGUGGGGCAGCGAGGAGCAGCGCGGCACGCCGGUGGUGGUGAAGAUGGACAACCCCUACUCCCUGGUGGAGAUCGACGGGCCCGGCAUGCCGGCCUCCGACAAGAAGGCCCGUGGCAAGAACGCCAAGCAGUUCACCUGGGUGCUCCUCCUGCGCGCGCACCGCGCCGUGGGCUGCGUCGCCUGGAUGGCCGCCGGGUUCUGGGGAGUCCUGGGCGCCGUGAACCGCCGCGUGCGCCGCAGCCGCGACGCCGACGACGAGCCCGACGCCGAGGCCUCCGGGCGCGGGCGGGUGAUGCUCCGGUUCCUGCGCGCGUUCCUGCUGCUCUCCCUCGCCAUGCUCGCCCUGGAGACCAUCGCCCACCUCAAGGGGUGGCAGUUCCCGCAGCACCUGCCGGGGAACCUGCAGGAGCUGGAGGAGCAGCUCCAGCACCUGCCGGAGCACCUGCAGCACCUGCCGGAGCACCUCCGCCACCUCCCGGAGAACCUGCGCCAGCUGCCGGAGCACCUCCGCGUGCCGGAGCGGCAGGAGAUCCAGGGGUGGCUGCACCGGGCGUACGUGGCCUGGCUCGAGUUCCGCGUCGACUACAUCGCGUGGGCCAUCCAGAAGCUGUCCACCUUCUGCAUCCUGCUCUUCAUGGUGCAGUCCGUGGACCGCAUCGUGCAGUGCCUCGCCUGCUUCUGGAUCAAGAUCCGUGGCAUCAGGCCCCGUAUCCCGGCCUCCGGCAACAAGCCCCGCCGUGGCAGGAAGAGCGCCGCCGCAGACGUCGAGAACGGCGACGCCGAUGACGACGCCGACGGCUACUUCCCCAUGGUGCUCGUCCAGAUGCCCAUGUGCAACGAGAAAGAGGUGUACGAGACGUCCAUCUCGCACGUGUGCCAGAUGGACUGGCCCCGUGACCGGCUGCUGAUCCAGGUGCUGGACGACUCGGACGACGAGGUGUGCCAGAUGCUGAUCAAGGCGGAGGUGACCAAGUGGAGCCAGCGCGGCGUGAACAUCAUCUACCGCCACCGCCUAUCGCGCACCGGGUACAAGGCCGGCAACCUCAAGUCCGCCAUGAGCUGCGACUACGUCAAGGACUACGAGUUCGUCGCCAUCUUCGACGCCGACUUCCAGCCCAACCCGGACUUCCUCAAGCUCACCGUGCCGCACUUCAAGGGGAACCCGGAGCUUGGUCUGGUCCAGGCCCGCUGGAGCUUCGUGAACAAGGACGAGAACCUGCUCACCCGGCUGCAGAACAUCAACCUGUGCUUCCACUUCGAGGUCGAGCAGCAGGUCAACGGCGUCUACCUCAACUUCUUCGGCUUCAACGGCACCGCCGGCGUGUGGCGCAUCAAGGCCCUCGAGGACUCGGGCGGCUGGAUGGAGCGCACCACCGUCGAGGACAUGGACAUCGCCGUGCGCGCGCACCUCAACGGAUGGAAGUUCAUCUUCCUCAACGACGUCAAGGUCCUCUGCGAGCUGCCGGAGUCUUACGAGGCUUACCGGAAGCAGCAGCACCGGUGGCACUCCGGCCCCAUGCAGCUCUUCCGCCUCUGCCUCCCGGCCGUCUUCAAGUCCAAGAUCCCGUUCUGGAAGAAGGCGAACCUGGUGAUGCUCUUCUUCCUGCUGCGGAAGCUGGUGCUGCCCUUCUACUCCUUCACGCUCUUCUGCGUGAUCCUGCCGCUGACCAUGUUCGUGCCGGAGGCGGAGCUGCCCAUCUGGGUCAUCUGCUACAUCCCGGUGCUCAUGUCCAUCCUCAACAUCCUCCCGGCACCCAAGUCCUUCCCCUUCGUCAUCCCCUACCUCCUCUUCGAGAACACCAUGUCCGUCACCAAGUUCAACGCCAUGGUCUCGGGGCUCUUCCAGCUGGGGAGCUCCUACGAGUGGAUCGUCACCAAGAAGGCCGGCCGCACCUCGUCGGCGUCCGACAUCCUCUCGCUCGCCGAGGAGACCCACGUGCCGGCGCGCCCGGCCGCCAAGCUCGUGCGCGGCGUCUCCGAGGGAGGGCUCCAGGAGUGGGGGAAGCUCAGGGAGCAGGAGGCCGCCGAGUGGGCCAACAAGGAGGACGCCGCCGCCGCGCUGGCCGCCGCGCCGGCGACCCCCAAGAAGAGCAGCAAGGCCAACAAGAAGCCCAACCGGAUCUUCAAGAAGGAGCUGGCGCUCGCGUUCCUCCUCCUCACGGCCGCCACCCGGAGCCUGCUCUCCGCGCAGGGCCUGCACUUCUACUUCCUGCUCUUCCAGGGCGUCACCUUCCUCGCCGUCGGCCUCGACCUCAUCGGCGAGCAGGUCAGCUAGCCGCCGCCAGCAGAAUAAACCUAGUGGCCGGCUCGCCGUGCACGGCGUCGUCGUCGGUCGAUCCAGGCCACAUGCACAGUGUCAGCAGGCCUCGCAUGCAUGCGUGCAGGUGCAGCCAUGGGAAGGGACAAGUCCGAUGGAUGGAUGGAUCGGCAGGAAUUAUUUUUUUAGACCUUUUCUUCUCUUAAUUUUUAUCCUUUUGAUAUUUUUUUGUUCAGAGAUCAAAGAGUCCGGUGUUACUACAUGAAAUGAACUGUUCUUCUGUGCUCUAGCUAGUGCUCUGUUAUGCUAGGGUAGUAGGCAAAGCAAGCAAGCGGGUUGUUCAUUACCACAUUCAGUAGCCUUCUUGUUUUCUUUCCACAUUACAUUUGUGAUCGAUAUGGUGUAACUGAUACUACAUGUCAAUGGAUAAAUCAAAUCUUGUAUGCUUCAAA